CUGCCGCGCCUUCGCCCCGAGUGCGCGGGGAGAGCCGAGCCGGCGCCGAGCGGGGACGAGACCUCCUGACGGGGCAAGCGCCUGAGGGGCCCCUUCCUUUUCCCCGCGCCGAGAGUCGGUCGGCCCCCCGUGCACCGAGGCCGGGCUCUGCCGUGCCCUGCCCGGCCUCUCUGUGGCUCCGGGGGCGGCGGCGCAGCGAGACUCCAAGAAGAUUCCCAUCUGGCUUGCUGCAAAUUCCAAGGAAGGCACAACUGAAGGUAGGCACAUCUGCUGCCAUGGUGAAUGAGAAGCACAAUGGCAACCUGCUUGUGCAGCUGGGACCCAAACUGCAGGCCUAUCCAGAGAAGCUGCUCCGGCAGCGUCGAGGCCGCAACGGCCGGACUGAAUACCUGAUCCAGUGGAGUGUGAUUAGCUUGGAAGAGAGAGCAGCGGGAGGCAGCAGUGCCUCCUGUGCAGAGACCAAGCCAGAGAACAUCUCGAUGUGGAUGUCUGCAGAAGAGGUCUGUGCCAGCUGCCCAGCACUGCUGGGCAAGAGGAAGCUGGAAGGGCUGUGGGUGAAGGAGGAGAAGGCACCGAGUCCGUUGGCUGCAGAUGUCUCGCUGGACGAAGCCUCGCUGCUGGAGAUGAAGGCUGAUGUCAGGAGCCUGGUGCAGCGAGCCAUGCGGCAGGUGGCCGAGGCCGGGACGCCCAAGUGCUCCAUCCUGAACACUGUGCACGUGCUGAGCGCCUACGCCGGCAUUGGCUCUCUGGCGGGUGCCUUCAGGGAGACGGGAGCCCUGGACGUGCUGAUGAAGAUGCUGUGCCACCGGGAGAAGCAGAUCCGCCACGGUGCCGGCAAGAUGCUGCGGACCCUGGCUUCGCAGGAUGCAGAGAGCCGGGCCUAUGUCCUGCUGUCCCUGAGCCAGCAGGAUGGCAUUGAGCAGCACAUGGACUUUGACAGUCGCUGCACCUUGCUGGAGCUGUUUGCUGAGAUAACAUCCUCUGAAGAGCAGUGCAUGUCCUUUGAGGGGAUUCACCUUCCACAGAUCCCUGGGAAGCUGCUGUUUGUCCUGGUGAAGCGCUACCUGUGUGUCACUUCUCUCCUGGACAAGCUGAGCAGUGCUGUGGAGCAGGGAGAGGAGCAGCAGGGGUGCGCUGUACCCAGCCUGCUCCCUGAGGAGAGGAGCCGUGUGAAGCAGGAGUUUGAGUUCAGCAUGGCCAUGGCAAACCUCAUCUCGGAGCUGGUGCACGCGAUGGGCUGGAACCACAACCACAAGCCAGAGCUGUCGCCCCGACAGGAGUUCCGGCCUCGCACCACCCGCUCCAUCUUCCAGCACAAGACUCCAGCCAGCACUGCUGUCCAAAUGCCUGUACUCAGUUCAAACCAUGGUCCCCACAAAAAGCAGGGCCGUACCUUCUUGACUCUGUCAGACUUCGCAGACAGCAGUGACUAUGUGGAGUACUUACAGGCAAACCUGGUGCAUGGCAUGAGGGUGCGCUUGCUGGAGGACUGUGGUGACGUUAGAGCUGGGGAGGAAGGCGAGUUUCUUCAGAGCACUAACAGCAUGCACACAGUACAGGUUUUAUGGCGGUCAACAGGUCGAAUCUACUGGAUGCGUUGGGAAAUAUUGGAGAUUAUUGGCUUUGGAGACUGGUGGGAAGAUCCUGCUGCUCAGGAAAAGGAAUAUAGUCCAAUAAAGAGCUUUAAUCUAGACACAGUUGCACAGCCAUUUUUGUGCAAGCCCUUGGGAGGUCUGUACUCCCUGCCUUACCUGGGGCAGCCGCCGACCAAGGCUGCAGAGGCCCUGAGCCGUGCCGAGUGGUGGGAGCUGCUCUUCUUUGUGAAGAAGCUGGAAGCACAGGAGCAGAAAGAGAUCACCUUUCUCAUCCAGCAUGACCAGGGAGAGCAGGUGGAUGAAGAAGCCCUGAUGCAGCUGUUGGUACCUGCGGAACUGGCCCAGAAGGUGCUGCAGGUCUUGGAGAAGCGGUGCCAGGGCAGCACUCUGCGUGACCUGCGUGGCUGCCGCGUCUAUGCCAGAUACUUCCUCAGUAGGGGGGCUGAGCAGGAUGGUGGGGGGAACAUCGCAGUGUCCUCAGAGGGCAGUGGCUGCAGGAGCAUUGGGCAUGAAGCCACGAUGGCCAAGACAGCAAAGGAAGACCUUUCUGCAGCCACAGUGCUGCCCCAAGCCCCCAGUGUGGCAGUGAAGUCCGAUUCCCAGCUGUUCAGCGAGCUCCUUGGGAGUGAAGGGCUGUGCUUCCCAGAGGUGAUGGAGGAGCAGAUCAAAGUGUUGGGCAGCUCCAAAGGGGUGAGCGAGAGCGGCUCGCUGGCCGAGAUUGCAGCCGUGGUGGACGUGAUCCAGAGCAGCAGCUCAGCGGUGGGGCUGCGCUUAGCUGGGCUCAAGCAAAUCUUGAAGAUCCUGGAGGAGGAGCCCAAGUCCGAGCAGCAAGUUGGCACAGCCCAGGGCAGGCUGGGGACCGGGAGCUCAGGGGAGAAGCUGGUGCAAGUGGCAGUGGAGCUGCUGAGCACUGAGGUGGCAGAGAAGGCGCUGGUGGCGGUGACGCUGCGGCUGCUGGCCACGCUGAUGGCGCAGCACGACUGGCGUGUGCCGUUUGCCACGGAGGGUGGCGUGCGGGCCGUGCUGGCCUGCAUGCAGCAGCACAGCUCCUCCGCCCUGGUGCAGCAGGCUGGCCUGGCGGCCCUGAAGGUGCUGGUGGGAGCUGCAGAUGGUGAGCCAGGAGGUGGGAAGUCCUUGUCCUGGAACCAUGCUGACGUGCAGAUGAUGCGGGAGAUCUUUGCCAGCAUCGGCUCUGCCUCCAGCGAGGGCUCUGCCAGUCUGCUGAGUACUAUCCCUGCUGCCCUGAGCACCAUGCAGAGGGUCCCAGGGGGCUCCUCAGGAGUGCAGAAUGGCUUGCUGGUGGUGAACAUGCUGAUGGAUGGGCACCGGGGCCUUGCGGAGCAGCUGGCGAGUUGCGACCUCCCGGCGGUGCUGCAGAGCUGCUGGAGGGAUGGGCAGAGCAGCGGCUGCCCUCAUGCGGUGCUGGCCCUCCGCGCCAUCAACCGCCUCGCAGAGCACGGGCUGCCCCUGGGCCUGGAGGCAGCAGGCAGAGAAGCGCCACUGGACCUGAAGGGUGUGCAGAUGCUUCUGGGCAGCCUGGAGGAUGGCGCUUUGUCCAAGGAGGUGGUGGUGGCCCUGGAACGGCAGCUCUGCGGUGAAGGCCCUGUCCCCUCUGGGCAGGUGGCCCAGCUGCUGCAGGACCACAGCUGCUUCAGGCUGCUGCUGCGCAGCUUGGAGCUGCUGGGAGUGGAGAAAGCUGUGAGCCUGAGCAUCCUCAGGAUCCUGAACAAGUUCCUGGACAGUUAUCAGGAGGAUGUGCUGCCCUGGCACGAGUGUGUGGAGCCCUGUGUGUCCUCCCUGAGCACCCACAGCAGCAGCUGGGAGGUGCUGCAGGAGGUCGUUGGCUUCCUGCACCGCCUGGCCACUGCCAGCAAGGACUGUGUGGUGGUGAUGUGCCACGUGGGCACCCACGAGGCUCUGUCCAAAGCCCUGGAAAAGCACAGUGUGGCUCCGUCGCUGGCGCCAGCCCUGCUCAACCUGGUGACAGACUGUGAGAAGUACGCCAGCCUCUACAAGAAGCUGACGACCAGAAUCUUGGCUGGCUGCAUCCAGCUGGUCCUGGGGCAGAUUGAGGAGCACCGCCGGAGUCACCAGCCCAUCACCAUACCCUUCUUUGAUGUCUUCCUGCAAAACCUGUGCCGAGGCUCCAGCCUGGAGGUGAAGGAAGACAAGUGUUGGGAGAAGGUGCAGGUCUCCUCCAACCCGCACCAGGCCAGCAAGCUCACGGACAGGAACCCCAAGACAUACUGGGAGUCAAAUGGCAGCACUGGCUCCCACUUCAUCACUGUGCACAUGCAGUGUGGUGUGGUGAUCAGGGAGAUGAGCAUGCUGGUGGCCAGUGAGGACUCCAGCUAUAUGCCAUCCCGCGUCGUAGUGCUGGGUGGAGACAGCCCUGCCACCAUCAGAACGGAGCUCAACACAGUUACCAUCCUGCCUUCGGACAGCAGAGUGAUCUUGCUGGAGAACAUGACCCGCUUCUGGCCCAUCAUCCAGAUCCGGGUGAAGCGGUGCCAGCAGGGUGGCAUUGACACACGUGUGCGUGGCAUCGAGGUGCUGGGUCCCAAGCCCACUUUCUGGCCCGUCUUCAAGGAGCAGCUGUGCCGGCGGACAUUUCUCUCCUGCACUGCUCAGGCUCAUGCCUGGGGCCAGGAGAUCUGCCGGGACCGGGGGCAACUGCUGCAACUCUUUAGCAGACUGAACCGGGCGCUGCAACACGAGCAGGGCUUCGCCGACCGCUUCCUUCCUGAUGACGAGGCAGCCCGGGCAUUGGGCAGGACGUGCUGGGAGGCCCUGGUGAACCCCUUGGUGCAGAGCAUCACUAGCCCAGACCCUGAUGGCGUCAGUCCCCUGGCCUGGCUGCUGAGGGAGUACCUGGAGCGUGUGGAGCCGCCCCGCCAUGCCAGGGGACACAGGGCUGCCUUUGGAUCCUGUGUGCGGUGCCUGACCCAGCUCCUGGUGCACGUGGACCCUGGUGGCCCAGAGCCAGAGGAGACAAGAGCAGCUGGUGGGAAGGCGGGGAAGAACAAGGAGGUGCCGGCCAGGGCUGUGAAGGCAGUGGUGGAGAAGUCAAGUGGCCUGUGGGGAAUCUCUCAGUGCUGGCGUGGCGUGGUGCAGCAGCAGGUGCAGCAGUUCCUGGAGGCAGCAGGGCAGGUGCCAGACCUUGCGGAGCAAUACUGCGGGCUGUACCAGCGCCUGCGCAGUGCCACAGAGGAGCUCUUUGGGCAGCAGGCUGCCUUCAUGCUGGCCCUGGGCCAGGGCUUUGCAGGAGCUUUGCUGCAGCUCUCCUUCCUGACUGCCCUGCAUGUGAGUGAGCAGUUUGCCCGCUACCUCGAUGUGCAGAUCCAGGAGCUCCGCAGGGCAGCACAGGGCAGCACAGGGCCGCUGGAGCGGCUGCAGCAGUUCUUGGAGCCCUUUGUUGUCUUCAGUGGCCUGGAGCUCGCCCACAGCUUCGAGCACUUCUACAGGCACUACCUGGGGGACCGGCUCCUGACACAAGGGCUGUCUUGGCUGGAAGGAGGCAUCGUGGAGCAGAUUGGGCUGUGCUUCCCCAGCCGCUUUCCCCAAGAUAUGCUGAGCAACUUGGCUGAGUCAGAGGAGCUCCAGCGGCAGUUCUGCCUCUUCCAGCUGCAGGAGCAGGAUAAGCGGCUGCUGGAGCUGGACACGGGCCUGGAUGAGGUGCUGGAGACAGCCUCCGUGGCAGAUGUGCCAGAGGUGAAGGUGCUGGCCCUGUCCCCACGCUGCUGGCCUGUUUCCCCACUCUGUUACAUGGAUAACCCUGGGAGGUUUUUUUCGGCAGCGCUGUGCUCCCCCCUGGAUGAGUUUGCUGACUUCUGCCAGCAGAGCCAGAGCCGGCUGGGCUGGGAGUGCACGAAGCCCCAGCGAUUGCAGUGGACGUGGCUGGGCCACGCUGAGCUGCAGUUUGGAGACUGUGUCCUCCACGUGUCCACGCUACAGAUGUACAUCCUGCUGUGCUUCAACAGUGCUGAGGAGGUGGCUGUGGAGGCCCUGCUGCAGGCUACAGGGCUCCCUGCUGACCUGGUGCACCACGCGCUGACACCGCUGACCCACGGCCAGGGCGUCCUGGUGCAGAGCUGCACACUGGGAGGUGCACUGCAGCUGAACCAGGCAGCCCUGGCUCAGGCGUCUGGCCGCCACCUGAGGCUGCUGCCCCAGCAGAGGUACCUGCGGACAGAGAGGGCUGAGGUGAGCGCCCUGGAAAGGAAGAGGAAUGUCCUCUGCUGCCUCAUCACCCGCAUCCUCAAGGUGGAGAAGCAGCUCCACGUCGACAACCUGGUGUUCAGGGUGAUUGAUGCCUGUCAGAAGGGCAGGUUGGGGCCAGGUGUGCAGUUCCUGAGCUUCUGCUGCCACAGCGUGGACGUGCUGUCCUGUGUCCUGCACCUGUUGAACCAGGGCUAUCUCCGGCGCCAGGAGGGGAGGCCUCAUGUCUUGGAAUACAUCUCUGCUGAACCUACGACACCUCUUGGGGGCCAGGCACAGAUGACUUUCCAGUGCAGGCCACCACAGGCAUCUCCAGAUGAGGACAGCAUAGACAGCCUGCAUUGGUUGAAUCCUGGCAUAGACAAGGUGGAAGAAUAUCUUAUGGCAAUGCUGCAGGUGCCAAUGGGGCACACGCUUAGUCCAGAGGAGGCAAAGCUGCUCAUGAACCAGACAGUACAACAGGUCCAGGACACUCUGAGCAUAUCGGAUGACGUUGCUCGGCACCUCCUCAUGCACUGUAGGUGGAACGUGGAUUUCCUGAUCCAGUGCUAUGUGGAGAACCGUGAUGCUCUGCUCAUCUCCUCGGGGCUGCAAGUGCAGGAUGUCCAGCCUCCUCCGAGCCCUGGAACCCACUGCCCAGUCUGUGUGAACCAGCUGUGUCCCACUGAGAAGCCACCAACCCUCUGCUGCAUGCACUACUGCUGCAAGCCCUGUUGGAGUGAAUAUCUCACGACUCGCAUUGAACAGAACAUGGUUGUCAACUGCACCUGUCCCAUAUCUGAGUGCUGUGCACAGCCAACCACAGCCUUCAUUUACUCCAUCAUAUCCUCUGAGGAGAUCAUAGCGAAGUAUGAAAAAGCCCUCCUCAGACGCUAUGUUGAGUGUUGCUCCAACCUGACAUGGUGCACCAACCCUCAGGGCUGUGAUCAGAUCCUCCUUAAGGAUGGACUUGGUUAUGGAGCAGCCUGUUCCAAGUGCUCCUGGAUAUCCUGCUUCAACUGCAGCUUCCCAGAGGCCCAUUAUCCUGCCAGCUGCAGCCACAUGUCUCAGUGGGUAGAUGAUGAUGGAUACUAUGAAGGAAUGACAAGUGAAGCCCAGAGCAAACAUCUGGCUAAGCUCAUUUCGAAGCACUGCCCAAACUGCCAGGCUCAGAUAGAGAAAAAUGAGGGUUGCCUGCAUAUGACAUGUGCAAAGUGUAGUCAUGGCUUCUGUUGGCGUUGCCUCAAGCCCUGGAGACCGAAUCAUAAGGAUUAUUACAACUGCUCUGCUAUGGUGAGUAAAGCAGCUUGGCAGGAGAAGCGUUUUCAGGAUUACAAUGAGAGAUGUACCUUUCAUCAUCACGCAAGGGAAUUUGCCACGAGUCUGAGGAACAGUAUUUCUUCCAUCAGAGAGAUGCCAAAAAUUAGGAACUUGACCUUUGUUCUUGAUGCCUGCAAAGUGCUAGAACAGGCACGGAAGGUGCUGGCUUACUCCUGUGUAUACAGCUACUAUAACCAGGACACUGAGAGCAUGGAUAUUGUGGAACAGCAGGCUGAGAGCCUAGAGCUGCUCACUAAUGCUCUGCAGAUCCUUCUGGAGGAAACCCUGCUGCAGUACCAGGACCUGGCCUCCUCUCUUCAGCUUCUGAAAGCAGAGCAUUUCAGUGCUGGUUUGGAGUUGGUACGCCAGAUCAAGGAGCGUCUCUUUGCAAUUCUCUGGCACUCCACACAGCAGGAUUUCCAUGUUGGGCUCCAGUCUUCAGGAAAUCCUGGUCAGAGAAAGUUGAAACUUGCAAAUGUGCCUACUUCAGCCCUUGCCUAUACAGGGCAAAAACGUACCGUCUUGUGUGACUUCCCCAACACAGAUGAGGGUGGCAAAGAGGUUGAAGAUGAGGAGUAUGAUCCACAGUGGCAGGAAGACUAUGAUGAUGAUGAUGACCUCGAUGAAGACAACUUUAUGAUUGAUAAUGAAUCAGAUUGUGAUUCCUACUUUGAUGAUGAUGAUAGCUAUCAUAGCUAGAAGACCACCAUAGAAGUGGUCUGUUGUCCAGCCUGCCAGCCUGGACCUCUGCCUCUACUCUGUCUCAACCAGUUUGUGUUAGUGUUUUUCCUCAAAGGCAGGGAGGAGCUCUCAAGUGGAACAAAGCAUUUCCUCUGGGAGGCUAAUUGCUCAGUGACUCUUCUUUAAUAUGCAGAAACAUUGCUCUGGGCAGCUAGUCUGUGUUCCUGUGGCCACGUCUCUCAGAAAAAUAUCUCCUUGUCUUUUUUCCUUGUCUCCAGUUCUGCCUAUAGGUAUUUGAAUUAAAGUCACAGUCCACCUGCAAAGUUAGGACUAUUGCCACCUGUUAAAGGGCUGCUCAUUGUCCUUGGAUGUGCUCUUCCCAAGGUCUGAGCACAGGUGAGUGUGGCAUGUAUCCUAGCAUGGCACUGUUUAGAAAUGGCCAGCGUCUAGAAAUGCUGUAGAGUGAUGCAUUUACACUCAAGUCAAAGCCUCGCAUCUGGAGCUGGUGGGAUUCCCUCCAGAGCCACAGAUGGAUGUGGUUCAGUUCCUCUAGUUGAGAGGGGCAGCAUUUUUGCUGUUGGAGUUUUUGUCUCUGCUGUGAAGCAGGAAGGGCUACAAGUGACACAAGUUUGCAGGACUGUUUAAGUGUAUAAACAUAUGUUAUAUAUAUAUAUAUGCAGAGAUUGUUCAGAUAAUACUUUAUCUUUGCAAAAAAAAAAAAGAAAACCCUGAGGAACAAGGGUUGGAAAAAGUUCUGUUUAAAAAAAGAAACAGUUUCCUUCUA